CUGGGAGGUAAAAAAUAUCUUCAAACUGAUUGGGGCUACAGGACGUAAUCAAUUGUCAUUGGCUGUCAGUGACAUAAUGACUGAGGGUACAUGAAGCCAAAAAAAAUCCUCGAUAAGAAUAAUUUCGUUGCCCAUUACACGACUUUUUCUUAGGCAAUUUUAAAAUUGUUUCAGUAUUGCCCAGGACAUACGAAGAGUUCUUGGCAGUUACGGUUUUAGGGACUGUAGGGCCCGGGGCCAAAAACAUCUGCGGAGCCCUUGUUCUUUACAAUUUCUAUCUUUUUAUUAGGUGUGGAGCCCCUUUUGGCUAUCAUAAGCGCAGGGCCUGGGGCCAUGGCCCCCCUGGACCCCUUAAAACUGCCACUGGUUCUUUGAGUUUCGGGUGAAGAUAUCAUAAAGGUCUGGUCGAGCCAUUUCAUGCAAUGCGUUUAAGACCAUUGUUUUAGAUUCACCAGCUAUAAGCUGAUCAAUUGUUUUCAAGCCGAACUUGCCGAUAACUAGUCUGCUAGGGGUGUCGAAGCUGAUGUUGGUUAAAAUCAAAUUGCAAUUGCAAAAAGCGCACUGGCUAAGCUAGAAAAAAGUAAAAGUAAAGAAAUGAAAUACUUUCGGUAAGUUUUACAAAAAUCGAAUAUUUUGAUGUCAGCCCAAUAAAUGGAAGUGAAGAGAGGCGAGAAUUUCUUAAAUGCUUUUUUAGAGGAGGUCUUUUUCUUUCAUUUUUUAUAACCAAUGAAGGAAAAUUAAUUAGAAGCGUUUACUGUUCGCAAUAUUAUCGCUCGCCAAUUGCAAGGAGGGGGUUAGAAAUUCUGAACGAUCACGAGUUAAAAAUUGAGACGUCCAAAUUGAAACCGCAGAAAUUUAUGAAGAGCCAGUCGAAGCAUUAGCUCAGCCAAUAGAAAACUUGAGUUUCUUGGACGAAGAGGGAGAAAGAAAAGAAUGUGAAGAGCAGCUGGAUAUCUUGUUCGUUGGUGACAAAGGAGAAUCAGAAACUAAAAAUUGGUAUAUACUAGAUGCAUAGUAAUACUCAAACUGUGUCAAGGAAAAAAAGUUUUGUUAUUUUGAAAGUCAAUCGGUGUAAUACCAGUUUUUCUAGCGUUUGAAAAUUUCAGUAAGAAAAAUUUCGGGUUAAAAAAUUCGUUGGGAUUAAUUUUGGGUUGCCCUCCUCGACCGAAAAUAAAUCCCAUCGAAAGUCGUCAUAGAAGACUGGGACGAGCGCGAUCUAGUCACAUUUGGUGUAAACAGAGUUGUGAAGAAUUUUUGAUGGAAGCUUUGCAAUUAAUCUCGAAACGAAUGUGAAGAACUGGCUUCAGGAUUUGCAUAAAAUACUAAAUACCUUUGCCUUUAAUGAGGGUGAUAGCAAACAGGUAGCUCCUACCAGCUUGCAAUAAAAAGUCAAAAAACAUGGGAGGAGCUGUCAGUGCUGGCCAAGACAAUGAUGAAUUGGUAACUAAUUUGUGCGAAGCAAAUUACAUUAAAUCCAGGGAGGUAGAGAGGGUUUUUCGAUUAGUUGACAGAGGUGAUUUCUUUCCUGGUGAUUAUCCAGAAGAUGCUUAUAAAGACCUUGCUUGGAAGCAAGGCAAUGUCCACAUAUCAGCACCUUGCAUUUAUUGUGAAGUGAUGGAAGCUUUUGAACUGCAAGAGGGACUGUCAUUUCUGAACCUCGGAAGUGGUACUGGGUAUCUUUCCACACUUGUUGGCCUUAUGAUUGGACCAUAUGGUUUGAACCAUGGUGUUGAACUUUAUAAAGAUGUCAUUGAAUACUCUUAUUCAAAAGUUGUAAAUUUCUUGAAACAUGCAAAGGGCCUAAACCCAGCUUCUUUUGCAAUGCCAAAUUUUGUUGUGGGAAAUUGCUUAAUGAUCAACCCAAGUUACAGGAAAUAUGACAGAGUCUACUGUGGAGCUGGUUGUCCUCUAGAGCAUGAGGCCUACUUGAAAUCUCUCAUCAAAGUUGGUGGAAUACUCAUUGUUCCUAUCAGAGAUACUUUGAUGAAAUACAAACGAAUAUCAGCUACUGAUUGGGAGGAAAGUAACCUCUUGCCAGUCCAAUUUGCACCGCUGAUCGAACCAGAGAAAACAGAUAUUGCAGAUAGUAUCAUUGAAAUAACUGCAGAGCCAUAUUCGCUUCAAGAGAUUUGCCGUUUCUCGAUCUUGCAAAACAUUAGAGGCAACACUUCGAAGUCCAUCAGGCAGCUGCCCCUACCGACGUCCCUUCUGGGCUACUUGGAUUUCUACCGUGAGCCGCAAGAAAAGAAAAGGAGGGUAGAAAGGAAAGGUAAAGACCCAUUUGUCAUGCACAUCGUCGUUAAGAGCAGCUAACCUAUUUUGGGUGGUCUGCAGUUGAAAAUGUUCCAUUAUGAAAAUCGUGGAGCCACGUGGAGCCACGGAAUGAAUGUGACGUAACAGAUAGUAAUUUGCAAACAAUCUUUUGGUGGUACAAAACUUGUAAAUGGCUUUGAAAAAGCAAACAUUUAGUAAACUAAAGCUUUUCGUCUGACACUCUUCAGAGUUUAAAACGUCAGAACAUAGAUCGAAACCUCUACGCUAGGAAAUAUAUAUACCCAGUUGUGGAUCGAAAUAGGCCAAUCAGAAAACACGAGCACAUGACCUAUACUAUACAGAUACUAUACUAUACAUUCGUCUGAAAAUAAGUUCAGAGAAAAGGUGACGAUGCACGUACAAAUGAAGCUACAACAGCAAAAAGUCUCGGCGUUGGCCUAUUUUGAAAAAUCCCUCCCCCCUUGCUCAACUCCCUGAUUCUCUUCCCAUACAACUAUACUUCUGGCUCCUCUUCAAAACUUUUAAAACAUCCUAUAAAAUGAGCUCUUCAAAGGUGGUCAUAAAAUAAUUAAACUUGUAAAUUUUUUUGUCUUUGUUAUUUAAGCUAUAAUAAAAAGAGAUUGCUUUUACCUUCAAUCUACGCUUAUUAUCAUUUUGUAAUAUAUGUUUAUCAUUGUAGAAUUUUUUGACCAGGCCAUUAAAUUUCAGGCCCUUAUUCUGAGCCCUUAUCCAUGAUAAAGUUCUGCUGUCUGAUAGCGGAUAAUAUUUAGGGACUCUCGCGCCUCUAGAGCCUAGCUCAACGAUUUGUAAAUACAACUCAAUGCAAGCACUUUGCCAUAGAUCUUUAAUGCUCUAGCUGUACGCACCCAAAUACUGUUCCCGAACGAAUAUGAAAUUUCUCUAAGAAGCAGCUCUUAAGUUAUUCUAAUGUAUAAAAACGUGCUUGAUACAUUAUGGCUAUAAUUUUGUUAAUAUUUAGCGAGCUUGAAUUUUUAUGCUAAUUUUGUGAAUAAUUAAUUCUGUGUUUAUUUCUGAUCGUUACCGUGAGUCAUAUUCCACGAGAUUUCGUGGCAUUGACAACAAAAAUCGUUAACUGUUACGUCAUCAAUUGCCGAAAUUUACAAUGACGUCAUCAGUCACGAUCUUUUUCCACGUUAUUCUUAUUUCUUAUGGGGCCAGCCAUUUGUUGAGUGAAAUGAAGAGAAUUCUGGUGUAAUUACAAUUUUAAUAGUUUACAUUAAGAAGUCUUUAUAUUUAUUUCAUUAUGAAAUAAUACUGUAAAAAAUUUCAGUAAAGUUCUAGUAAAAUUUUAUUCCAUCGUCAAAUUUAUUUGAGCGAAAUACUUGAUAAAAUAUUCAGUUACUCAAAUCGACUAGUCUACAGUCCGCCCAAGACCGCAUUCCAAUGGCUUAUCUUUUUCCCAAAUUAAACUUCUUCCAUACGUCAAAAUUAUUUCGAGUCGAGUUUAUUUUAAACACCUAUAUGAUACAUAACAAGAUAUAUAAUUAUUUCGAUAUACUAUUUCGAAUCCCGUAACGUUGCGUAAGAUAUGUUGCAACUCGUAAGAUUGCGUAAGAUGCUCAAAGUUGCGUAGCUGUGCCCCCAAAUGAAAAUUUUAACAACAGCUUGCCCCCUCUGGCUACAGUUUUUCCAAAUGAUAUAUUGAAAAUUUGGCAUAUUUUGUAAUUCAAUGACCUUGAUUUCGUCCAAAUAUAUAUAUGUUUGUUAUAUAUCUGUUUUCCUGUUUUAAAGCCUUCCCCCCCUCAGGUUUGGUUCUUGCUCGAGUUUGCCCCCCCCCCCUAGCCGACACCUACAGCUACGUGAUUGGAACAUGUUUGUUUUGAAUUUCAUCUGUGUUGACUAGUCCAGUGAUCAAUGCUGUAAUAGCGAAAAAAACUUAUUAGAAGCAGGACGCAGUUUUUUGAGCUGAUGUGCGCCAGAUCCCGUAAAGCUUUAACUACCCCGAGUAGGUGUAACAGGUUCACUCUCCUGAUCACGUAAGAGUGCGUUGUUACUACGUACGUAAGAUUGCGCUCUACCUUUCAUUGUUAUGAAGCGCCUCUUACAUAGGGUCCGGGUACCAGAGCCAGAUAAAUUCAAGUACUGAAAUACAAGAUAGGAGUGGUGAAGCAGAGGAGUGUCUAUCUUAGAAGAAGGAAGGAGUGUCUAUAGAGGUCUAUACUUAUCUUUCUUCUCAGCUAGACGCCCCUCCGCUAUUGACGCGCUCGAAUUUGUGUGGCUCUGGUACCCACGGUAAGCUUUGAGGAGACUUUGUAGCCUUUCCUAUAUAAGCUUUAAACUAAUAAAGUUAAGUUUGGCGUGUUCAAACCGACAAAUAUUGUAGACGCUUGUGAAUAUAUAUAUCCUGUAUAUAUGUAAUAGUUAGUAAUAACUGAAUCUAUAUGAUCAGAAAAGUUAUCAUUUUGCUUGAAAUUUUAUUUACAGCCACAGCCCAGUAGAACUGCGUAGAUAGUUGGUAGUCGACAUAAUUUUCUUCGGUUUAUUAAUAUGCAUUGUCGUACGUCAAUCACCUGCAUUAGAAGUACUGCACAGCUAUGACUAAGUUUGUGAUGUUUAAAAGACAUUUUUUUCAAAAUCGUUCUGCUCUCUUUUUGAUCUGUUUGACCUGAAAGAUAGUGUUUUGCCUGAUCCAAAGCAAACGAAAUGAACUUAGGGCCUAUAAUAUAGGUUAGUAACUUGCGCUUGGUGAACAGAGAGUGAAUAGUUUUUAUAAAGUACUAAUGGAUAAUAAAUAAAAUAUGGACGAUUUCAUUGGUCUCAAUAAUUCACGAGACAACUGUGGUUUAUUUUCCUUAAAUUCAGCAAAGGGUUUGUUGCUUUAAAAAUAGCAAGGAGAAUUCCUGUGUAAAAUGUUUCAAAAACAUGAAUGGGCUAGUCUUUGCCCCCCAGUUGUACACCCUGAAAAUAUCCUGGAAUUGAAACACUAAGUUG